AUGUCCGCCGUCACCCCCGCCAACACGGCCUUGGCCGCUGCCGAAGUCGUCAUCCUCGAACAACGAGUCGGCAACCUUAUCAACAACAUCCGAGCCGUAGCCAUCCGUCCUCAACGCAAGAUCUCCUCGCUAGGAUACUGCCUGACGCAGCUCUUGCUCCACACCCACCAAUGGCGCUAUUCCUACUUGACUGACCCGGCACCGUCCCCAGCGCGCGGGCACCGUCAGCACGGCACGGCACACCCAGACUACGUCAUCAAGCAGCGCAUCUUUGCACGCACGCCGGGCGGCGCUCAUCGCGAUCGCCCUGUCGCACUGUUCGACUUGAAGCGCCGGGAGAGCGACGCAGAUGGCGGGAAGCUGCAUCGGGAGGACUACGCUCGGUAUCUAGCCGACCGUACCAUGGUCAAUGGUUUCCUCAUCGUGCUCAUCCUCGGCGAAUAUACGCGCGUAUGGAUAGUCGAUAGACCCGGCGCUUCCCCAAGAGAGCUUCCGCGGUGCAAGACAGGCGAUAGCCAGUUCCUGCGGUACCUGGUGGAGUCAGCCCGCAGGAACGGGUUAUCCGCAAACUUGAUUCAACGGAUAAAUCUCAUGUGCCGGAACAGAUUGCAAAGAUGAAAAAAUCAAAGACAUGCGCGACCUCCACAUGGUCAAAAACGUCCACUGUGAUGGAGUUCGAGAUUUGCGUAGAGCCAUAAUCUGUCUGCAAGCUAUAAGAACGUUGGGAAACCGUGCACUGUUCGAAUUUACUAGAAUACAAGGUCCA